AUGGCGGCCUCUGCCGCAUUGUCACUCCCUCUGCCGCCACGCCCUCUCCCCUGCCACGCCCUCAUCGGCUGCACUGCCUCCGCCGCCGUCGCCUCCGGCAGCAGCGGCGAGGGUUCUGUCGCUCUCGCGGUUCCGCCGCGCGCAGCAGGGCGGGCGCGCAGGGAGACGAUGGUGGGCGCGCACGCGCAUCAGGGGGCGCGGAGGUGGCGCGCCGUGCGAGCGACUAUGGGGGGCGCGGAAGGAGGAGGUGGGGAGGGGGACGGGGAGGGAGAGGCGGACGGGAAGAAGGGUGGGGGCGAGGGGCAGCAUGGCUGGGAGGCGUGGCAGGUGGCGCAGCGGAUGUACGCGGCAGUGAACGCGCGGGACGUGGCGGGCGCAGUGGCGUGCAUGGCGGAGCGGUGUGAGUACCAAGAUAUGAUCUACCGUGAUGCCCUCCAUGGCAAACAGGCGGUGGAGCAGCACCUGAGGCGCGUGCUGCACGCCAUGCCGCCCGGAGUGGCCUUCAUUAUUGACGACAUCUCCACCGGGGAUGCCCGUGUCUGCGGGGUGAUGUGGCACGCAGAGGUGGACGGCCGGCCUCUCCCAUUCAGCCGCGGCUGUUCCUUCAUUCGCUGCCAACCUGAGAACGGUGCUCUGCGCAUUGUGUUCGUGAGGGACAUCCCCGAGCCGUCCUUCAAGCCAGGCUCGGCUGCCCUCGUGAGUGCCUCUGCUGCCCUU